AUGAGCUACACAAACUAUUCCAUACCCACUAAGAAAGAACAAAAUGCUAAUACAAACUUAGACCAAGAUCUUAAGUUAUCAAGAGAUCAACGAUAUCAGGCACGGCAAUCGGAAAUCAAAGAUUAUGUCUUUAAAACACUCGAGAUCCCUCAGGAAACCAUCAAUGAAUACAAUAGAUUACAAUAUGAUCUUGUUGAUAUUCUAAAGGAUGGUGAAUUACUUUGUAAGUUGGGCCAAUUGUUACCCAUUGAACCUAACCCAUGUCGUGGAUAUAAAUACUCCAAGACCCCCUUUAAACAAAUGGAGAACAUCUCAUACUUUCUUAAAGCUUGUGAAAUGAUCAAGUUGCCUCAUGAUGAAAUCUUUAUGACUGUUGAUCUUUUCGAAAGAAAGGAUCCUUAUCAAGUUGUAGUUACUUUAUUGUCGUUUAGUCGUAUUGCCAAUGAGUUGAGUCCCAAUUCCUUCCCUACUAAAGUUGGACCCAAAGUUACUAAGAAGAAACCUCCCAUUCCUUAUAAACCACUUCAUUUAAGAGCAUAA